UUCAUCAAAGACCCCCCUUUCCGUGCGGAGCACUUGGGCUCCCUGCUCCGUCCCCAGGAGCUCCUGGAUGUUAAGAUUGCCUCUGAGAAGGGGGAGGUCCCCGAGUCUCAGCUCAUUCCCGUUGAAGACAAGGCCAUCAACGAUAUCGUCGAUACCCAGAAGAAGCUCGGCUACUCCGGUAUCUCGGAUGGCGAGUACCGCCGCCACAUGUUCUGGGGUACCUUUUUCCCCGGCCUUGACGGUUUCGACGAGGUCACCGACUUUGAGACCGAUAUCUUCCGCCCUUACGCCCCCGAUAUCGCUGCUUUCCUUGAGGCUGGCCACAAGCCCGGCGAGACCGUUCUCUGCACCGGAAAGAUCAAGCACGUUGGAAGCACCUAUGUUGACCAGUUCAAGUAUCUGGCUAGCCGUGUGUCCCCAGACGAGGUUAAGAACCUGAAGAUUACUCUCGCUGCCCCUAACUGGUACCACCUGCGUUACCGUGAGGGUAAGGCCUACCCCAAGGAUGUGUACAGCUCCGACGAGGAGUACUUCGGUGAUAUCGCCAAGGCCUACCAGGCCGAGUUGAAGAUCCUGUACGAUGCUGGAUGCCGCAACGUGCAGUACGAUGACCCUAACCUGGCCUACUUCUGCUCCGAGAAGUUCUUGGACGGCUUCAAGGCUGACAAGGGCAACGUUUACUCCGCGGAUGAUAUGUUCGAGAAGUACAUCAAGCUGUACAACGAUAGCUUCAUCGGUCUUCCCGAGGACAUGCACGUCGGUGUUCACCUGUGCCGCGGCAACUUCGUCGGAAGCCGUCACUUCUCUGAGGGUGGUUAUGACCGCAUUGCCAUCAAGCUGUUCCAGGAGCUGAACGUGCACACCUACUACUUGGAGUACGACACUGAGCGUUCCGGUGGCUUCGAGCCCCUCAAGCACCUGCCUACUCACAAGAAUGUCAUUCUCGGCGUUGUGACCAGCAAGUUCGCCACCAUGGAAGACAAGGAGGAGAUGAAGCAGCGCGUCAUCAAUGCCGCCAAGAUAAUCGCCGAGGGCAACAACAUCUCUGUCGAGGCCGCCCUAAACCAGGUCGGCGUUAGCCCCCAGUGUGGAUUUGCUUCUCACCGUGAGGGUAACGCUAUUGACUGGAAUGGCAUGAUUAACAAGCUUCAGCUUGUCCGUGACAUUGCCAACGACAUCUGGCCCAACCAGGCUUAA